CCAGAACUGACAGGCGGCGGGCCCUCUCAUGUACUGUGAUAUUUUGGGGUAGCUUUACAUAGCUUUAUAUAGCCGUCCGACAUGUACACUGGACCUACGUCUGCGACUCCUCUCUGUGUCGUAUCGUAUCUAUCGGCCAUUCUUCGUCGGGCACUCGGGAGCUGCGGCGCUCAAACUAUCCCUCGCUCCUCCAAGCUCCACCUCCGAUCUACGCCCAAAUUAGCUUGGGCCAUAGGCGUCCCCUUUUCCUAACAUUGCAAUCGUCCUUCCCUCUCUAUUCCAGGGUCGCCAUAUUAUGCUCCCUCCCUUCCACCCCAGGUCUGGCUGAGCUGCAUGAAACAUCUUUGAUCCGCUGAGCCACUUGACUCCAUUUGUCUACUCUUGUACCAGCCCAUAAAUAUACCCACCGUCCCCGAGCCUCCCCACGCCGCCUGCAUCUUGCAUAACCCGCUGCUGCUCCCCAUCCCAUCACCAUGACUUCCUCGUACCCUGCACACUCGGCCACCAUGGAGGACCCAGACCAAGGCUGGAAGCCAAACAACCGCCCCCAAUCCACCUUAGCCCGCAACUUCAUGUCGGAGCUUGACAGCCUGUUCAACUUGGACGAAGGUCUCGCGAACCUGGACAAGACCGUUCUGGAGAAGAAGCAAGCAGUCACGACCCAGACCAAGGAGCUCGAGGCCCUCGAGGCCAGGCUCAAGGCCGCUGAAGAGCGCCUCAACCAGGCAAAGAGCAACUCUCCCCCAGCCAAGAACGACACCCAGCGCGAACAAGACGCAGCUCGGUCACAAGGGGCCGCCAGCCCCCUUGCCUCAAAGUCCCAAAACAUGCCAGGUGCGCUACCAGAGACACCGACUCCUACAUCAACUACCAGUGCUGACUAUGUCCUGGUAGAGAGGCCACUGUCCGCCAAGCCUGAGACGGCAUAGUUCUACCUCAUUCAUACGAUACCACGAUACCCCGGCAUUGCGCCCACAUCCAUGUACACUGCUUGAUCUCUGCGGUUGGGAGACUGCAUCUUGGAAAGGGGCAUAUACUUUAUAAUCGACGAUGGCAUUUUCAAUUCUGGUUGGCGAGAUCUUUUGGUGCUGCAUGUCUUUCUUUGGAUGGGUUAGCUAUAAAUGCUACA